UAUAUAUUGGCGCUCACUUGUACCAAUAUUUGUGUUCAAAUAAAUAAGCUUGUCUGGACGUCUUCAGCGUAGUAAUCAUUUUUGUGUGCACUGUUUGUCUUUUUCGAAUAUGUUAUUUUUUUUUGUCACGAUUGUAAUGUUUUACUUUUUGUUUAUAUUCAUCACUUCAUCUUGUAGUCUUUUUUCCGUUACUAAUUCUUGUUUUUACUGCUAGCGUAUUUCUCGAAAUUUUCGUCACAUUUUUCACUUAUUAUUUUUUUCUAAAGAUGUUGGUUUUAUUAUUUUCAGCUUAAAAUGAAUUCAAUUUGGCGGACAUUAAAUUUUAAUUUAAAUAAUCGCUUCCAUUUCCAUUUCUCAUUGUGGUGUAAUGUCAACAAUGCUGAAGAUAUCCAAACAAAAAUACAUUCAAAACAAUUUCCCACCCUUACAAACGCUGCCGUUGUGUUAAUUGAUAGUGAUGUCAUCAUCGAUAUAGUUCAGAUAGAGGCCGCUAUUACCCAAGCUUUAAUCCAUUAUAACGAUGAAUCUUCGGGUGGAAUGUAUACACGAGGGUUGGCUACCGAGAUUCUAUAUUGCCUUAGCCCAAACCGAUCGAUUACUCAUGCGCUGGAUACAUUUGGAAUUAAAGCAUCUACCAAAGAACUAAUUGUAGGGAUCAUUUAUUCCACAGAUGUUUAUCAACCAAAUGAUGCAGUUUUACAAAGCUACUUAUCACAAAUUGUAAAUACAAUUCAAGGUACAAUAAAUACUGGUUCAUUGACACAGUUGGUCAAGAACACUGAUAAAGUUUGUCAAGAAUAUGGAAUAACAAACUUAGAACGAAGUUUAAUCAAUAAGUCCGAUGAUUCUCAUAGAUCUUUACUUGAGAGUAUCUUAAGUCGCAUGGCAUCAAGGGAUCUUUUCAGAUCUUGAAAAUACGAAUAAUUGAAUGACAUAAUUAUACUGAUAAUCUUUAUUUUGUAUAAAUUAAUUUUAAUGUACCAUACUGUUCUGUAAAUAUACAUAUGAUAAUUA